CUGCAAUCGCAGUAUACAAUGAUCCUGGUAAUGGUUCGGAACAUCAUCUUCCUCGUCUUAGGCAUUAUGUUGGGCAUUCGACUCACCGAUUUCAUAGGCUACCUGAAGCUGUGGAGGAAUAACGACUUGCGGGCGAGUGAGAGGGCGGCUCUACUUAAGUAUCCAGUGGCCUCGGAAGAGCACCUGGCUACCUGGUUGAGAAGGGAGGUGCGCAUACUUUGCCUGGUGCUCACGAUGCCAUCUUCGCAUGCCACAAAGGCGGCGCUGGUGAAUCGGACAUGGGGAGCCCGGUGCAACAAGCUGAUCUUCAUGAGCAGCCAAAAAGAUCCCAGCCUGAACAUACUUCAGAUAAAUAAAUCCGAAUCCCGGAAGAAUCUAUAUGCCAAAGUGCGGACAGGAAUGGCCUACGUACACGAGCAUUACCUCAACGAGUACGACUGGUUUCUGAAGGCCGAUGAUGACACUUACAUUGUAAUGGAGAAUCUGCGCCUGUUUCUAUACCCUUACGAUCCGGAGUCGUCUGUGUACUUUGGCUGUCGCUUCAAAGCGUAUUUUUCCCAGGGCUACAUGUCCGGUGGCGGAGGCUACGUGCUCAGCAGGGACGCCUUGCGCCGUCUGAAUCUGUUCGCGCUGAACAGCACCUCCAUCUGCAAGUUGAACGGGGAGCCCGAGGACGUACAGAUCGGUCACUGCCUGCAGGAUGUGGGUGUUGUAGCGGGAGACACCCGGGACUUCCAGGGACACCAUCGCUUCCUGCCCGUCAAUCCCUUCACGGUAUUCCCCACCAUCCUAACUAACUCCUGGCUGGAGGGCUACUUCUUCCACAAGCCAAAUGUAGGAUUGCAUGCCUAUACACACAACUACAAUGCUCAUAAAGUAAUGUUUUGCUCGUUUAAGAGAAGUGACUGCUGUGCUGCAUCGGCUAUAUCCUUUCACUAUGUCAAAGACUUUGAGUUCGAGCUUUUCGAGUUCUUCCUGUACUACCUGAGAGUCUUUGGAUUGCACAGGACGCCGAGGGCUCUUCCGUCGCGCUUGGGAUUCCAUCAGAUGAACGAGCGGCUGCAGUAUUGGUCCCAACAAGUCACCGACAACAAGAACUAACCAAGGAUAUCCAAGGAUACCCCUGCCUAUGAACCCUUCAUCUACAAGCAUUGCAUACUUUAUCAACGAUAUGGAACAUAAGAAAAUAUAUUUCUACAUUAAAUUGAGAGUUCAAUCG